UCACCCUUAAAAACCAUCCAAUUUCCAGUUUUAGGGUUUAAAUAAAAAGCACAGGUUUAGGGUUUAUCAGUGAUUUUCAGGGUUUUUUUUUUACAAUGAAGAGAGACAGGGAAGAUAGAGAAAUCGAAGCUAUGGCAAUGGCAAAUUGUUUGAUGUUAUUAUCAAAAGUUGGCCAAAUCGAUCCACCAAAGCAUAAUAGUAUUCAUCAGCGUGGAGUUUUUGCAUGCAAGACGUGUGAUAAACGGUUUUCAUCUUUUCAAGCACUCGGCGGCCACCGUGCUAGCCACAAAAAACCGAGGUUUACGGACGCGGACCUACCGGCUUCACCUAAAAAGCCUAAAAUACAUGAGUGUUCGAUUUGUGGACUCGAAUUUCCGAUCGGUCAAGCUCUUGGAGGUCAUAUGAGGAAACAUAGAGUUGUUUCGAAUGAAGGAAUGGUGGUGACUCGGCCGGUGACGGAGAAAUUGAACGGCGAUGACGCUGAUAAUGAUGGUGGUUUGUGCCUUGAUCUGAAAUUGGCGCCUUGUGGAAUUGAUUUGGAUUUGAAGUUAGAGAAGGCCGCGGCGCCGCCACGGAUGCCGCCGGUUGUCCACUUGUUCAUAUAGGAAUAUUUGUUUCAUUUGUUUUUUGAUUGUGUAAAUCAUGGGGUUCACAUUAUAAACAUGAUUGAUUCUUUUUAUAUUAGUUUAUAGAGGAAUAUAUAUUUAUACUUUUGUAAAGAAACCAUUUUGCUAUUGAUAUAUUUUCUUUAUAA